AUGACGUGGCCUCUCACUCACAGGGACCAGUUGCAGGAUCUGCAGGAACGAAUUUCAUAUACACCUCCCGAGAGCCCGGUGCCGAGUUACGCGUCCUCGACUCCGCUUCAUGUUCCAGUGCCCCGAGCGCUCAGGAUGGAGGACGACUCGAUCCGCCUGCCCGCGCACCUGCGCUUGCAGCCAAUUUACUGGAGCAGGGAUGACGUAGCCCAGUGGCUCAAGUGGGCUGAAAACGAAUUUUCUUUAAGGCCAAUUGACAGCAACACGUUUGAAAUGAACGGCAAAGCGCUCCUGCUGCUGACCAAAGAGGACUUUCGCUAUCGAUCUCCUCAUUCAGGUGAUGUGCUCUAUGAACUCCUUCAGCAUAUUCUGAAGCAGAGGAAACCUCGGAUUCUUUUUUCACCCUUCUUCCACCCCGGAAACUCUAUACACACACAGCCAGAAGUCCUACUGCAUCAGAACCAUGAAGAAGAUAAUUGUGUCCAGAGGACCCCGAGGCCUCCGGUGGAGAACGUGCACCACAACCCCCCCACCAUUGAACUGUUGCAUCGGUCUAGAUCGCCUGUCACAGCCAAUCACCGGCCUUCUCCCGACCCCGAGCAGCGGCCCCUCCGGUCCCCCCUGGACAACAUGAUCCGCCGCCUCUCCCCGGCCGAGAGGGCCCAGGGGCCGAGGCUCCACCAGGAGAACAACCACCAGGAGUCCUACCCCCUGUCAGUGUCUCCCAUGGAGAAUAACCACUGCCCGCCGUCCUCCGAGCCCCACCAGAAGCCAUCGAGCCCCCGGCAGGAGAGCACACGCGUGAUCCAGCUGAUGCCCAGUCCCAUCAUGCACCCCUUGAUCCUGAACCCCCGGCACUCCGUGGAUUUCAAACAGUCCAGGCUCUCCGAGGACGGGCUGCAUAGGGAAGGCAAGCCCAUCAACCUGUCCCAUCGGGAAGACCUGGCGUACAUGAACCACAUCAUGGUCUCUGUCUCCCCGCCCGAGGAGCACGCCAUGCCCAUUGGGAGAAUAGCAGACUGUAGACUGCUUUGGGAUUACGUCUAUCAGUUGCUUUCCGACAGCCGGUACGAAAACUUCAUCCGAUGGGAAGACAAAGAAUCCAAAAUAUUCCGGAUAGUGGAUCCCAAUGGACUGGCUCGACUGUGGGGAAACCAUAAGAACAGAACAAACAUGACCUAUGAGAAAAUGUCCAGAGCCCUGCGCCACUACUACAAACUAAACAUUAUCAGGAAGGAGCCAGGACAAAGGCUUUUGUUCAGGUUUAUGAAAACCCCGGAUGAAAUCAUGAGUGGCCGAACGGACCGUCUGGAGCACCUGGAGUCCCAGGAGCUGGAUGAACAAAUAUACCAAGAAGAUGAAUGCUGAGGGAACCAACCCACCACCUCAGCGGGCCAGCAGCCGGGGGGGCCCCCUGCCCGCGAGGGGCCUGGAGGCGAGCCGAGCAGGCGGGCUGAGACUAGAACAGGAAGAGACCCAGGAGUGGGAGUGACACCUGUCUCGCGUAGCGGGAGGGCCCCCAGAGCACCUUAGACAAACCACCCAGCAAAGGCGGG